AUGAAUCAAUAUGAUCAAUGGAACCGUAGGAUACGAACAAUCUGGUAUUGCAGCAGCUUAUAUGUUGAGUACAAAAAUGCAUUGAGAAAAUCUAAAAAAAUGCCAGUAGAAAAAAAAAAUGAAUAUUGGGAAAAAAAGCAUGAAGAAUUCGCCACAAAAAUGCUAAAUAAUAUUUACGAAUUACGAGGAUGGUGGGUUAAAGUUGGGCAAUUUUUAAGCACCCAAGAAAAUAUUAUGCCAGUUGCAUAUAUAGAAAAGUUCACAAAAUUACAAGAUAUGAUGCCUACCUCACCUUUUGAAAAAAUUGAAGUUAUUUUAAAAAGGGAAUUAGGAAGUAUGUAUGAACUUUUCGAGUAUAUUGAUAAAACUCCGCUUGCAAGUGCAUCAAUAGGACAAGUACACAAAGCUCGAUUGAAAAAAGGGAUGAUUAUUGACAACAUGAACAAGUCAUAUAAAAACGAUUAUAAUGUUAUAAUAAAAAUUCAACAUGAAGGUAUAGAUAAAUUUUUAUCGUCUGAUAUUAGUACAUUGAAAAAAGUAUCAUGGGCUUUUGGAUUAAUAGACAAAAAUUUUAAUUUUGGUGAUUAUAUUGAAGAAUGGCAAAAUUCUGCAUCUAGAGAAUUAAAUUAUAAUUAUGAAUUAUAUCAUCAAUUGUUAGCUUAUAAUACAUGUAAAAAUUCAUCUAUUGAUUUAAAAAUUCCUAAAAUAUAUUGUGCAUAUACAACUUCAAAAGUUUUAGUAAUGGAAUAUAUUAAAGGAUUUAAAAUUACGGAUACAAAAUAUAUAAAAAAAUAUAAUAUAAAUACAUAUGAUUUAAUAUAUAAAAUUAUAGAUUAUUUUGCCUAUCAAAUACAUAGUGAUGGUUUUUUUCAUGGGGAUCCUCAUCCCGGAAAUAUCCUUGUUAUGUUAAAAAGGGAUUGUAAUAAAGAUAAAAGAGCUAGAUCAAAUAAAUGUUCCAAAGAAAAAAAAAAAAAAAAAAAUUAUUAUGAAAUAAAUGAACUAAGUAGCCAAAAUAAAAUGCUUAAUCACAAUGAAAAUGAAUUUAGAAGUCUUUCAAAUUAUGAUAAUAAUAUAAAUAAAUUUAUGAAAAGACAUAGUUUAGGCAAUGAAUCAUGUGCAUCUAUGGAAGAAUUUAUAAGUUCUAGAUAUAAUAUUACAAAAUUAAAAAGUGGAAUAAAUAAAUCUCGAAACUCUUAUUCAAAAAUGUGCAACUCAUCUGCGAUUCAUAAAAAAAGGAAAGAAGAUAUUGCGAACAAAGUUUUGAGGAAUGAUUAUAAAUAUAUUAUUAAUAAUAUUGAUAUAAUUAAUAAUGAAAAUAAAACAAAUGACAAUGGAAUGAAUAAAAGCAAAGAGGAGCAAGAAAGCACUAUAACCUCAAAUAAAAGUGUAUCUAAAUUAGAACAUUCUGGUUCAUAUAUUAAAUCGGAUUCAAAAAUUUUAAAAAUAAAUCAGAAUUGGAAAAAUGGAAUAUUAAAUUUUCUAUGGAAAGAUUCAAAAGAAAUUAAUAAAGAUAAAAUAUGUGCUACAUCAACCGAAUUAGACGAUGAAAUCAUAAAAGAAAAUGAUAAUAAUUUGAGCAAAAAAAGUUAUGACAAUAAUUUAAAAGAAAAAAAAAAAAAAAAAAAAACUUAUGAAUGUGUACCAGUAAUAAUAGAUUGGGGGCUUAUAAAACAAUUAGAUAACGUAAUGAAGUUAGCAUUUUGUAAAUUAGUAUACAAUAUUAAUUGUAUGAACUUUAUAAAUAUAAUAGAAGCAUUUGAAGAUAUGGGGUUCUGUUUUAAUGAUGAUUUCACAUAUGAUCCUGAAAUAUAUAUUGAAAACUUGAAAAAGUUUUUUUUAAAAAAAUUUGAAGAAUCUGAAAUAAAAUUAAAUGAAAAUGAAAAUACUUCAAAUAAUAAUGGAAAAGAAAAUAAUAUGAGUUUUUUAAAAAAUAUGGAUAAAAAUGAAGUUAUUGAAAAAAGUCCUAUAAGUGAUGUUCCUAAAGAUAUUAUUUUUUUUUUAAGAGUUGCAUCUUUGUUACAUGGUUUAUGUACACAAUUAAAUGUAAAAAUAAAUUAUUUAAGUAUAUUUUCAAAACGAGCUAAAGAAGCUUUGGAAAAUACUUAUAAACCUAUUGACACAUCUAUAUAUAUUACACCAAUCAGUAAAAGACCAAAAACAUUUUUAGAAAAAAGAAUACAUAAUUUUAUUAAAAAAUUAUAUCAAAAAAAAAAAAUAUUAGGAUGCCAAAUAUGCAUUAUUCAUAAAAAAAAAAUCGUUGUUGACACAUGUGUUGGAAUGAUAGGAGUUAUUGAUCGACGGCCUAUAACUAGGCAUUCAUUAUUUAAUGGAUAUUCUUUAAAUAAAUUAAUUUUAAAUAUUGCACUGAUUCAUCUUAUUUAUAAUAAAAAUAAUGAUGAAGAUACGUUUGAAAAUGAACAUUUAAAUUUAUGUGGUGUUAAUAAAAAUAGUAAUUUUUCUAAACAAUUUGAAAAAGAUAUAGUUAAACAAAAUGAAAAUAAAAAUAAAAAUUUGAAAGAUUUUCAAGAUCAAACAACACAUUUCGAUUUUUCAAAUUUAAAAAAUGAAAUUGAUGAAAUAGACAAGAUAGAUGAUAGAUGUAAUAAUUCUAAAAAUAUUUCAGUAAUAGAAAAUAGUGAUGAAAAAAAAGAAAAUCAAAAUAAUAACAAAAUAGAAUAUAGUAUAAAUAAUCUACAAUCAAAAGAUUAUAAAAAAAAAAAACUUACUCAAAUAAAUAGUGAAAAAGAGACAUAUAAAAAUAUCGAAUUAGAAAAAAUAAAAAAAUUUAAGCAAAAAUUAAAUUCGCCUAUAUCAAACUAUUGGGACGGAUUUAUAUGUAAUAAUAAAAAAUAUAUAACAAUAAAAGAUUUUUUAACUUUGAAAUGCUAUAUUAGGAAACCAUUUCAUGAAAAUAUAACUUUAAAUAAAUUUAUUAACUAUGAUAGUAUGGUUAAUAUGAUAGAAAAUGCAAAAAAUUAUAAUGUAAAAAAUAAAUCCAAAACAUAUGGUGAAUAUAUGUAUUUAAUUGACACAUAUAUUAUUUCAGAAUUAAUUUACAAUAUUUCUGGAUUAAAAUAUUACGAAUAUAUUUAUAAAAAUAUUAUAAAGCCUUUAAAUUUAGAAGAAGAAAUGUUUAUUCCACUUCCAUCUUAUUUUUUGAACAAUUUUAAUGAUAAAAAUAAAAAAACAAAUAAAACUCCACAAAAUAAUUCCACUAAUAAUAACAAAGUAGUAUCUGGAUUUAUUUCUUCAAAUAAUUUUGGAAAUAUUUCUUCUGAUUUGGUAAAUAUAAAGGAUAAUGAAUUUGAGGCACAUGAUGCUCAAAAUGUUUCAUUUUAUAACUAUAAAGGAUCAUAUAUUGAAUCUUAUUAUAAUUCAAAAGGUAGUGAAAACAAAUGCAAUAAUAAUAUUUCAAAUUUUCGAAAAAAAAAAUAUGAAUAUAAAGAUAAGCGACCGUUUUUUAUAUACAAGGAUAAUAGGAAUAAUUUAGAAAAUCAAGAAUUAUCUAAUAAUGUUUGGUUUAAAAAUAAAAGAAUAAAUGGUAUAUAUAAGCUUUCAAAUAAUUUGUUUGAAAAUAAAUUUAUAAAUAUAAGUAACUAUAACUAUAAAAUAAAUAAAAAUAAUAUUUUAACAAAUAUAAACAAUAAAAAAAACAAUGAGGUUAUUAAAAACUUGAAUAGAUCUGCAAGUGUAGAUGUAUAUUUUUCAACAAAAAAAACUAUAGAUAUUAAAAAAAAAGUAAAAAGUGAAAGUAUUGAAAAAACAAAAGUAUUAUCUUUGAAUAUUAAUCAGCAUUCUUCUGAUUUUAGUGAAAAUACAAACAUAAAGCCAGAAAGGUUUGAUAAAUCGCAAAGUUUUAAAGAUUCGUUAAAAAAAGAAAAUAAUAAGAAAGAAAACUUUUAUGAUGCAAAAGACAAUUUGACAAAAGAUGAGUUAAACGAUGUUCAUGAAAAAUAUCAAAGUAUUGAAACAAAUAAAGAUAAAAAUAAUGGAUGUAAUGAUAAAAUAGAAACUAAUAUAAAACAAAAAGAUGUUUUUAGUUUAAAACAUACAUUUUUUAACCAUGUCGAUAAUUUAAAAGAAAAGACAAGAAAGAUUAAUGAUUCUAUAAAAAAUAUAUAUGAAAAUAAUGAUAGUAUUUUUUUAAAGAAUUUGUUUACAUCUCAAAAGAAAGGAGAAAAAUAUAACAAUAGAAAUUUUGAUAACAAUAAUAAUAUAAACUUUGAUAAUAUUAAAGAUUUGGAAAAAGAUUUCGAUUUAAGAAAUAUAGAAUAUAAGCAUUUAUAUGAAAAAAAAAACUUAAAAAAAAUUCGAAAGCGCGAUAUUUUUUUUGAAAGUAUGUUAAAACAUGGAAAGCUUAAUAAUGUUGAACAAAUUUUGAAUAUAAAUAAAUUAAAAACACCGCUUAAAAAUAUUGAAAAAACAAAAAUAAUAAAUAAUUCUAAUAUAAGAUCACUAAGUUACAAUAAUAUUGAUCAUGAAAAUAAUUUAUUUAAAAAUUCAGAACCAAUUGGAGAUGUAAAUAAAAAUAAAAAUUCAGGAAAAUGUGUAAAUACAAAUUAUGAAAAUAAACAAUUUUUUAAUAAUAUAAAUGAAAAAGGAAAAUUAUAUUAUAAAAACCAAGAAAAUGAAUCAAAUUAUAAUAAAAAAGAAUUAAUUCCAUCGAUUUUUGUAAGCAAUAUUAUUUUAGAACCUAAUGUAGACAAAAAUGAAAAUAGAGAAUCUAUUACUAUUAAAAAUUAUAAAGAAUAUAAAAAUAAUAAUUUAAAUUUUAAUGAAAAUGUUAAAACACUUUAUGAGAGUGUCGUUUCAGAAAAUAGUAGUGAUGAAUCUGUAAAUAGUAUAUUAAAAGAAAAUUAUAAUAAUUAUCAAAAAAAAAAAAAUAUUAAAUAUAAAAAAUUAUAUAAAUAUAUUACCGAACUAAAGGAAUAUAUAAGAAAUAAAGAAAAGCAAUUAGAGAUGAUAAAAAAAAAUGAAUUUGAAUAUAAUAAUAGUUUUAUUUUUGAAAAUGAUCAUAUUUUUAAAAUAAAUCAAGAUAUUUAUAACAAAAAUGAAGGAAAUAACUUUCAGACAAAUAAUAAUAAUUAUGAUAUUAAACAAAAAGAAGCAGAAUAUGAAAUUAUGAAAAAAGAAUUGUUUAAAGAAAAAAAUUUAUUAAAAAAAUUAGUAAAUUAUAAAUAUUCAAUUAUUAAAAAACAAAUAGAAAAUAUAACAAAAAAAAAAACUAAAAAAAUUAUAUAUAAUAAUGAGCAUUCAGAUGAAUAUGCUAUGUUUAGUGAUACUGAUUAUAAUAGUAAUUAUGAAUAUCGAAAUUAUUUUUUUAAUACAGAUUAUUUAAAAAUAAAAGAUAGAAAUAUUAAUGAAAAAAUAAAAAAGUUAGAAACAUAUUUGAUAAUGAAAAAAACAUAUAAGAAAAAUAACUCUGGACAUAUACCUGAAAUACAUCACACUAUUAAUAAACAUACAGAUGUUUAUUGGAAAUUAGUAUAUUCAAAAAGAAAUGAAACUAUAGCAGAGAAAUUAUCAGAAAAUGGAAAUUUGAAAAAUAAUUUUGAUAAUAUAUUAAACUCUAAUUUGCAAAAAGGUAAAAAAAAAAUAAAUCCAGAUAAUGGUUCUGAAAAUAUUGCUAAUGAUAUCCAAAAAAAUAAAGAAAUAAAUAAUAUGAAAAAAGAAAAUGAUAAUAAUGAUAUUAAUUUAAAUAAUGCAAAUGAACAAGAAGAAAAAAUAGAACCAAAAUUUAAAUCGUAUCUAAAUAAUUUUAAUUCAAAACAAUGUAAUAAAUAUAUAUCCUUUUUUCAAUUAGUACAAAACAAACCAUAUGUCUUAGAUCCACUCAUAUAUGAUUCAAAAAAAAUAUUAAACAAAUUUAUACCAAUAAAUGGGCGAUUUACCGCGAAGGCUUUAACUAAAGUUUUAGCCUUUACAAAUGAAAAUUUAUUUUUUCCUUCUAAAAUUAUGAACAAAAUACGAAAAGUUUAUACAAUUGAAGAAAGCAUAGAAUCUUUUAUUUUAACUGGGGGUAUGAGCCGAAAAUGGGGAUUAGGGUUUCAAUUAUUUGAGUGUGAAUAUGAUGGCGAAAUAAAUGAAGAAUUUUCAAUUCAAAAUAAAAAAAACAAAACAAAAAACAAACAACAAAACAAAAAAACAAACAAAAUUAUAGGAUAUGGUCAAUCUGAUUGUUCAGGAUGUUUUACUCUUUCAUUUCCUGAAAUAAAUUUAUCGAUAACCUUAUUAUUAUCCGACUUAUAUAAAGGAGCAGAGACUGCACAUUUAAUAUUGGAAUAUAUAAUGAAGUUAUAUGGAAUUAGACCGAAAUGGAAAGUGCCCAUAAAGGUUUCCAAUUUAUUAAAAGUUUUAUAA